ACAUGGCGGCGGCGGUAGCAGUCCCGGCGGCGCUGGGCGCUGGCGGCGGCGCGGCCGCGCUCCCCGGGGCGGCGGCUCCGUGAGUGGGGCGGAGAGCGGAGCCUCCUCUCGCCGCGGCGCUGCCCUUUCCCAGCGAUGGUGUCCGCGCUGUAGAAGGGCUGGGAGCCGCUGCGAUGCCAGACGAGGAGCCUGCGGAGGAGAGUGCCUGAAGUUCACCGGGGGUACCGUUCGGCGUGUGUGAAACGUAGCCAUGGUGUCAUGGAAAGGGAUCUAUUUUGUACUUGCACUAUUCUUGGGAAGUUUUUUUGGAAGUAUCUUCAUGCUGGGGCCAUUUCUACCCUUGAUGUUUGUCUCACCAGCAUGGUACCGCUGGAUCACUGACUGCAUUGUGGCCACUUGGCUCACGCUCCCAGUGGCCUUGCUGGAAAUGGUGUUUGGUGCCAAGGUGGUUGUCACUGGGGAUGGGUUUGUGCCUGGAGAAAGGAGUGUCAUUAUCAUGAACCACCGCACCCGAAUGGACUGGAUGUUCCUCUGGAACUGCCUGCUGCGAUACAGCUACCUCAGACUUGAAAAAAUCUGUCUCAAAUCCAGUCUCAAAGGCAUUCCAGGAUUUGGCUGGGCCAUGCAGGUUGCUGCCUUCAUUUUCAUCCAGAGAAGGUGGGAAGAUGACAAGAGUCACUUUGAAAAAAUGCUGGAUUAUUUCUGUGACAUUCACGAACCACUGCAGCUCCUCAUCUUUCCAGAAGGAACUGAUCUCACAGCCAAUACCAAAGCCCGCAGCAACGAGUUCGCUGAGAAGAACGGGCUGCGGAAAUACGACUACGUCCUGCACCCACGCACCACUGGCUUCACCUUCGUGGUUGAGCGUCUAAGGGAAGGGGACAAUCUCGAUGCUAUCCAUGACAUAACUGUGGCAUACCCCCAGAACAUUCCUCAGACAGAGAAGCACCUUUUGAAUGGAAACUUCCCAAAGGAGAUUCACUUCCACGUCCAGAGAUACCCCAUAGAGAUGGUGCCCACUUCUAAGGAGGAGCUGCAGCUGUGGUGCCGGAAGCGCUGGGAAGAGAAAGAGGAAAGACUCCGACACUUCUAUGAAGGUGGAAGAUGCUUCAGUGCAAGGGGGCAAGGCAUUGUCCCACCAUGUAAAUCUGAGCUCAGGGUCCUCAUGGUGAAGUGCAUCUCCCUCCUGUACUGGACAGUGUUCCCCCUGGGCAUGCUGGCACUGCUGUACCUCUCCAGCUUGGCACGGUGGUAUUUUGCAGCCAUGAUCGUCUUCUUCGUAGUGCAGCAGAAGCUGUUUGGUGGGCUGGAGCUGAUUGAACUGGCCUGUCAUGGCUAUUUUAAAAAGCAGCAGAAACUUCAGGGCACCAAAAGGAAGAACAAUUAGUUGUGGGGGAGAGAAAGUCGUAAAGCUGAAUGGAGUGCAGAUGUCCUGCAGGUUUUAACGCACAGGGAAGAAUUCUGUUUCCUUUUGCAUGAGAAUCGUCUUUUGCUAUCACUUGGUUUCUGUGAAGAGAAGGGGGAAAUGUUAGCUCCUGCCACACGUGAAGGUGGUGAUUUUUAUCUCUGAAUGUAAUUUCAACAUUGCUCUUGCAAGCAGCUAGCAACUGCAUCCUGCUGUCGUUAAGAAACAAGUUGCUGAGUUAAUGAACGGUCGUAAGGACAUUAAUAAACGUGAACUUCCCUGUAGAAACCCAAGCUCGGAGGCAGAUGGAUGGUGCCUGUGACAGUCACACUGCUGGAAAGUGAGAGUAGGGCUGGGAAAGCUGGCCUGUUUCACAGUGCUUUGAUGGUAGGUGGAAGUUGGAGGAGGUGGUAUUUUUCUGUUCUUUCUGUGUUGAAAGGCUGAGGCAGCUGGGGCUCUGUAGCUUGGAGCAGAGGAGCCUGAGGGCUGACCUCGUUCAUGUUGAUAAAGAUGUGAAGGGCAGUGUCAGGAGGCCAGAGCCAGGCUCUGCUCAGUGACAGCACAAGGGGCAGUGGGUGCAAGCUGGAGCAGAGGAGGUUCCACGUGAAAAAAAGGAAAAACUUUGUCCCUGUGAGGGUGGCAGAGCCCUGAGGCAGGCUGCCCGGAGAGGUUAUGGAGUCUCCUUCUCUGGAGACAUUCCAAACCCACCUGGAUGUAUUCCUGAUGUGACCUGCCCUAGGUGGUCCUGCUCUGGCAGGGGGGUUGGACUAAUCUUCAGGGUCCCCUCCAGCCCCUAACAUCCUGUGAUUUCAAGACUUCAGACUUACUUUAAAACAAUCAUAUGUCUACAUCAACUUUUCCAAGCACUACUGCACCUUGCUUGGUCACCCAGAGUGAUUUUAAGCCCCACAGUCUUGUGCUGCAGUACAGAAAGCAGUGCUGGCUCUGCCUCCAUUUAAGUCAUAAUUGAUUAGCUAACUGACCUCUGCAGCUAAGUUUUGAUUUCUCACUGUUUCACACUGUUUUGGUCUCCCUGUUAGCUGUGGGAGACUCGUUCCUGCUGUAGUGUACAGAGCCGGGGGAUAGAGGAGCUGCUUUGUUCUCGUUAGUGGGUUUUUAACUCCUAGAGGCGAGAAUUAGUCCCUGUCUCUGAGCAGCUGGCAAAUGCUUUGCAGCAGCUUCUCCUUGUAGACGUGAUGUGAUUGAAAACUUCGUCUUUAUUUUUCACAGUAGGCAAGAGGUCUUCUUUUUUUCUUUCUUUUGAAGCAUUUAUUUUAGUUUUCAUGUGGCUUCAUUAGGCAUUUCAAGUGUCCCUCCAGAGAAGCAGGGAGACUGCUUGUUCUGUGCUCGUCAGGCAGACCUGUUGCAAAGCAGCUGAUGCAAUGGUUGUCUCCUUACAGAGGUACAAGAAAUGGGUUUGAGGCUUAGCACAGCACAAGGAAAUUGAACUGCCUUUUCCAUUUGCAGCAUUUCCUUGGAUUGCCUGGUGACAUCAUUGCUUUUCCAAGCUCCUUUGCAGCUUUCUGAGGGGCUCCCAUUAUAACACUUGCCCCCUAGUUUCAUGGCUUCCAGAAAACCCAAAGGCUUAAACUCAGACAAGGCACUCUGAAGUGUAUUCCAUGGUGUGUAUAAUAAAAGUAUCACUCAUGCUGGCACAGUAGAAGACACAAACCUUGCCAGCUCUUGGGAGACACUUCAGGGUAGGUUUAUUUUUCAACCUCAAAAUAAGUUAGACCACUUGGUCAACUGUUAUUGCUGCAAAACCUUUUUGACUUACCAAGUCUUUGCUGUUCAUUGCAUGGAGGUUUAGCUGAGCUAAAGCAAGCUGGCCUGGCUCUGUAUGAUUCAUGGCAUCACCAUGAAAUGUGAAAGCAGAGGGUGCAAAACAUCCCUUGGAUGGCGUUGAGCAUCCCGAAGCUUGGGUCAGCGCGGUGGGACACAGCAGUUUGCUUCUCAGUGCCAGCACUUAACACUUUGUCCAACCUGUUGGUUUCAAAGGCCUGUGGCCUUUGGAAGGAAUCACCAGCCUCUACUCAACUGGCCCUGGCAAGGUGACAAGGAUUUUUUAAUCUAUGCUUAUAGCAACUGGUGGUUUAUUGUGCUGAACUGUACUGGAAGCCAUCUGUUUUACUCUCAUCUUUUUAAUCCCUUUCUCUCUUCUUAGAAAGAAUCAAAUAAAACUAGGUUUAUAUUUAGGGUUAUGUUUCUUAAUGACCUUUUUUUCUUUUGGUCAGGUUUAUAUUUUGAGUACCUGAUGACCUGCAGCUGGUGUUUCAUUGUCAGGAGUGGAAGGAGGUCCUGGCUGCACUCUGCAGCUCUGGUGCAGUUCCCUGUAACUUGCUGCAAGGGAAAAACUAAAAACCUCAUUUCUGAUUAAUGCAGAGGAGACCUAAAAGGCUUCUUCUAGUCUGCCUCUGAGCCAGGGCAGUGCUUUCAUACCAGGAGUAACCAUGACCAGCCUACAUCAGUAGCCUUAACAUAGUCUUCAGGAAUGACUUUGGAGGACAGGUUCUGCGUGUUGGUGACUUAAGUAGCAGCUGCACUUUCCUCAGUCACUCAGAGAACACUCUGCUGUCAUCAGAUGCAUCAGAAACAUCAGGGUGAGUCUUGGUUAUGGAGCAGUGAAAGGUUUCCAUGUGUGUGUGAUUAGAGCUGGGCUCUGAAAAUGAAACCCCUCCUUAGAGCUGGGCUCUGAAAAUGAAACCCCUCCUUAGAGCUGAGCUCUGAAAAUGAAACCCAUCCUUGACCCUUACCAGGGACUUUCUCCUAGAUGGAGCCAAACACUGUGAUGUGGUAGGCAUCCUGCAGAUGGAAUUCAUCCUUCUCACUCCUGGAGUGGGACUGGAAGAGAAAGAAGAAUCUUCUUGUCAGCUGCUAAGGUCACAUUUGCAGUGCUGGACUCCAUGGUGCAGGACUGCAGGUGGUAAGUGAAGGCUCCUCCUCUGCCAAGGAAGUGUAUUGGCUUUGCAGAUCCAGGGCUUCAUUUUUCCAGCUCAAUUAAAAGUGUGAGGGGGGAGAGAGGGGAGGGAGAUUGAAUAAAAGCAAAUAGCUUUGUAGAUAAAGGAGUUUAUCUGAAGUGUGGUUAGGGGAGUAGGGGGAGAUGUUUCUGUGCUUUCUUUUCCUCUGGUCAAAACCUUUUACUCAGAAAGUUCUAGUAUGCCGAUUUUUGGGGAGAUUUUUGGUCUUACUGUGUUUCUCUGUUUGAAGUACUCUAAGGUGGCAUUUAGGGACAUGGUUUAGUGGUGGACUUGGCAAGGUGGGCUCAAUGAUCUUAAAGGUCCUUUCCAAACUCAGUGGUUCUGUGCUGGGUAAAUCACUUGGCAAUGUUUUCAGCGCUGAUACGCUCAAGGUGCUAGCACUCCAGGAGUCACAUAUCCCUCUUCUGUGGGACACACAGUGACAUCCAGGCUCAUCUCACCUACUAUCACAUCUGUCAUAGCCCCAGCAGUGACUGCUCUGUCUACAGGACUUAGAGGUUGUGCUAGGUCUCACCAUGCUGGAGAUCAGUGACAUGCUUUGAGGCUACUUCUCUCCUUUGCUCAGUCAAAUGUGCCCCCAUCAGCAUCAGGGGAAUCUUUCUCUCUGCAGAAGGCUGAAGUCCUGCCAUCUGUGUUUCUCAUCAAGCUCAUCUGGGUAUAGCAGGAUGUCAGACCAAGGCAUUCCUCUCUUGGCUUUCAUGCUGCAAGGCCCAGAGCCGGUCUGUGAGGCGCUGGUCUUGGUCACACAAAAGGCAGCUCCUGGGUUUGUGCACUGCAUCAGUCUGUGUUGUUUCAAGCAGAUCUGUCUUUUUAUAAGGUGAUUUUCUAUGUACACUGUGUGGAAGGAAACACCAGGAUACUCCAAACCUCCAGCAAGCCUUAGUCUUCAGAGUUUCACCAAGUACAUUAGAAUGUUUUAGUCAUGUACCAGUUACUCUACAGCAACAAUAAAGACCUGAAGCAUUUCA